UUCACUUUUCGUCUUUGAGAAACCAAAAAGAAAAAAAAAUGGCUUCGAUGGGUGGCUUACGUGGCGCAUCUCCCGCCGUUCUUGAAGGAAGCUUAAAGAUCAACGGAUCGAACCGUCUGAACGUCACCGGCAGAGUGGCGGUGGCUCAAAGGGCUGGACUUGUCGUCAGAGCUCAGCAGAGUGAAUCGGCGCCGGAGACUACUCGCCGGUCUGUGAUUGGGCUUGUGGCUGCUGGUUUAGCCGGCGGCUCGUUUGUUCAGGCUGUCCUCGCCGAUGCUGCUCCGAUCAAAAUUGGCCCUCCUCCUCCUCCCUCCGGUGGUCUUCCUGGGACAGAGAACUCAGACCAAGCAAGAGACUUUUCAUUGGCAUUGAAAAAAAGAUUUUACUUGCAGCCAUUGCCACCAGCAGAAGCUGUAGCUAGAGCCAAAGAAUCUGCAAAAGAUAUCAUAAAUGUGAAGUCUUUGAUCGAUAAGAAGGCUUGGCCUUAUGUUCAGAAUGAUCUCCGUAGUAAGGCUUCUUAUCUUCGUUAUGACCUUAACACAAUCAUCUCCUCCAAACCCAAGGAUGAGAAGAAGUCCCUCAAGGACCUCACUGGAAAGCUCUUCGAUUCCAUCAACAGUCUGGAUUAUGCGGCAAAGAAAAAGAGUACUCCGGAUGCUGAGAAGUAUUACUCAGAGACAGUCUCUACUUUGAACGAUGUUCUUGCCAAGAUUGGUUAAGCAUUUUUAUUAUUCUGCAAUUUUCUUUGUAAAUUAUUAUUUCUUGAUUUUUGUUCCUGUGUACUUUGAAUCAAAUCUCUGAAUCCGAAGUUGUGUUUCAAGAUUUACCAAUAAAUGGUAAUUCACUAUACCUCAACGGUUAUUACCAAUCAAUAUCAAUUUUAAAUUUGUAAGAUGUUUUGCUGGAAUACGAUGUUUGACAUUUUUUUUUCAA